CCGCGCCAUCGUCUGUCACCAUGGCGACACUGCCGAGGCCCCGCGCGCCCCCGCCGCCCCGUGCACGCGCUGCGCGGCCGCGAGCGGCAUGGGGGCCGUGCUGCGCUCCGCGCGGCCGCUGCAGCUCACGCUGGCGAUGCUGAAGCCCGACGCCGUGGCCCACCCGCUGGUGCUCGAGGCCGUGCACGAGACCAUCCUGAAUAACAAAUUUCUCAUCGUGCGGACCAAGGAGCUGAUGUGGAGAAGGGAAGAUAGCCAGCGAUUUUACCAGGAGCACUCAGGGCGAUUUUUCUAUCAGAGGCUGGUGGAGUUCAUGGCCAGUGGCCCAAUGCGGGCUUAUAUCCUAGCCCAUGAAGAUGCUGUUGCACGCUGGAGGUCUCUCAUGGGACCCACCAAAGUGUACCGAGCCCGAAACACAGCUCCAGACUCCAUCCGAGGAGCCUAUGGCCUCACUGACACGAGAAACACCACACAUGGCUCAGGGUCUGAAUCAACUCAGGAAGGGGACCUGGUGUCCGUGGAGCCAGUUCGGUGGUGAAUUCUGCUCAGCGCACAGCUCUGGUCAAUAAAGCAAACCAGCUGUUAGGGUGCAUAAGGCACGGAAUAGAGGAUCAUAUGGAAAAUAUUCUAAUGCCUUUAUAUAGAUCAAUGGCAGCUUUCUCUGGACACUGGGAUUGUUACCUGGGAGAGGAGACAAAUGAGAGGGGCCACAACCUGGAGCUUUCUGAGCCCAGAAGCAAUUCUCUCCCUGUUUCUGAUGUUCAGUCCAUGCACAGCUGGAUUAAUUUGGGUUCCUGUGCAGGUCACACCACAUCUGCAUGGCCUUUCCCUGUUCUCCACGGGUGCAGGCAGCUGCUUACACAGGAAUACAAACCUCUUGCACUCUGAGGCUAUGUCUACACAAGAGAGCCUACAGCAGCGCAACUGUACCAAUGCAGCUGCGCCGUGAAGUUCUCUCAUGUAGCUGCUCUAAGCCGAGGGGAGAGAGCUUUCCCGUCGAUGUAAUUAAUCCACCCCCAGUAAGCAGCGGUAGCACGUUGGCAGGAGACGCUCUCUUAGCAACAUAAUGCUCUCCACACUGGCGCUUCUGUCUGUGAAACUUAUGUCGCUCGGUGGUUUAGUCACACCCUGUAACGAUGCGGCCUUGGGCGGGACACAACUGAAGGUAUCAAUUCAGGACAAAUUGCUCAGAGCAGGGCAGUCACAGCCUAAAGCUGGGUUUCUUCCACUACCAAGGCACCAAACCAGCCAAACAGAGGAGUUCGGUCUCACCCCACUGGCUAACCAGACGUCACCCAAGCAAUUCCCUCAGACACUCCAGUUUCCCAGUAUCACCACCAGCGCCACUCCUUAUGGGGACGAAUGGUUAUGAAAACCAAUACCCCAGUAAAAGAAAAAAGGUUCUGCCGAUCCCAAAGGACCAAGCCCCAGAUCCAGGUCAAUAUACAAGUAAGAUCUUGCCUACAAAUCACGCUGUUACCAAUCCUUUAAAAUCUAAAAUCUAAAAGUUUAUUCAUAAAAAGAAAGAACUAUAGAUGAGUUAAAAUUGGUUGAAUGGAAUCAAUUACAUAUGUAACCCUUCUGCCCG